GCCAGGGGCUGCCGGCCGAGAGCAGCAGGUGGGGCGCGACCGCGACCAGGCGACGGGCGGGUGGCCGGAAAAGUGCCGGCCGGCGGGCCGGCCGGGCCCGGAGCCGAGGCGGCUGGAGGGAAUGCUCCUGCUCACCUCAAGGCGACGACUCCGAGUCCGGCCUCUUCGCGCUCAGGACGCCUGUCCACGAGUCCGCAAGCUCGGAGACGAGGACCGGCAGCUCCGCGGGAGACGGCGGACUGAGGAGAGAACCGACAGAGGACCGCGGGCGGCGGGCGGGGAGCGCGAGCGAACGAGGGCGGGCGGUGGCGGGAGGGCGGGGAGCGACGUGCGCGCCCCCGCGCGCCCUGCGGGCUCGAGCUGGCGCCAGUCGCGGCCCCGCUCAGGCGCGCACACUCACAAUUCAUCCACGAUUGCUCAAGAGCGCAACCACGCCCUAAAAGCAAGACUCUCAACCAAUCAUUGCAGCCGCGUGGAGCAUCACGGGAACUCCGGGGCUAUAAAAGACCGAGUUGCUAUUUUAUACUCACCGAAUCACUCACCCUUUAAGCCUAACCCCGGAAGACCAUACGCUUGCGCAGUGAGAACUACGGUGACCGUACACCCGGUGGGGCGCUGGCCAGUCAUGGCGGAACCUUGGUCUGGGCAGUUUUUGCAAGCUCUGCCCGCUAUGGUGCUCGGAGCGCUGGGCACCCUGGGCAGCGAGUUCCUGCGGGAGUGGGAGACACAAGACAUGCGAGUGACUCUCUUCAAGCUGCUCUUGCUGUGGUUGGUGUUAAGUCUCCUGGGCAUCCAGCUGGCGUGGGGGUUCUACGGGAACACAGUGACCGGGUUGUAUCACCGUCCAGGCAGAGGACACUCCAGUGCUGGUGACAGGGAAGAGAAUUCUCAGGAUGUGAGUGCACCAGCUUAGUGGCCUUUGCAAGAAUCCUCCAAUUCUGCAGGGAAAUGGCAGCAAAUGAACCUCUCAAAACCCACAGAGAAUAAGGGAAGGCAGCAGCAGAAGGCUCUCCAGAGACAUCACUGGGUCUGCAGGCUCCUGUGUUGCAUCCUGCUGCUGCCCAGACCCCCUUGGACAACUGCAGAGGGCUUGGGGUUGGGGGACUGGAGUACCACAGUGCUUCCAGGGUGAGCCUCCAUUGCCUCCAGCCUUGCUUCCAACAGCUCCAGGUACUGGGCAGGUGAAGUUCGUCUCUACCCUGGUGUGUUGCCCUAAGACUUCUGUCAAGGGUCAGAGCUGAGAAGCAUUCUGGUUGGGGAGGUCAGCAGUCCCUUUUCACUGUCUUUUUCCUGCCCUCCUCAUGCCCUUGGGAUAUGAUCUUAUAGAGAUUUGUCCUUCUAAGAGGAAUCUUGAGGAUAAUCAGUUCUAAGAUUUAUAAGGCAAGUCUGUUCUCCCCUAAGCCCUGAUUUCCUUGGCUUUGCUUUGUAGGCAAGAAGCCAGCAAAUCCUGGCUAGGCUAGAGCACCAAACAUGUACCUCCCUGGCCCAACUAGGCUUCUAGAUCUGAGGCAGGCAGAGGAAGUUAUCAUUUCCUAACUGACCUAUUUCUCUGUUCUUUGGGGGCAAGUUGAGAACCUGAAAGACAGAGUGCACUAAGAGUCCCUGGUCUUAGCUGCCGUCUCCACUGCUCAAGUGCCCAUGGGGUGUUUUGGUUUGUACCUGGUCCCCUCCUAGGGAGGUGCUAAGCAGUCAUUGUGCCCUACCUCCUUAUCACUUCCCGUCUUGACAAGGGCCUCAUCUUAAGAGCCUGCUAGUAUCCUUUCAGCCCUUAGGAAUAUCAGUAAGAGUGAGCCACAAUCCAGAUAGCCCUGGGCCCUUCACAGUGGGUCAAAGAGGUUCCAAAGGGGUGGGUGGCAAAUGUCCCCAGGAAAACACCAAUUUCUGAGAUCACUAUGGUUCCUAAAAGCACUGUGGCCCUGGAUCUGUCUUCUUCUCUAAUGGUUGCACUUCUGCCUGUCUCUGCUGGUUACUAGCUACCUCAGAUGUCCCACUGUCUCUGUCAGAUGUCACAUAGCCUUCUGGCAUCCUUUGUCUACAAAGACUUUGUAGCAGGUGUGCUAUAAAUGAAACCGUACUGAGCUCCUCAUGCACAAGUACCUACUCCAGCAAUGCAUCUGUAUGGCAGAAAGAUGUUCUUCACAGCCUCAGGUCCACCCACUGGCAUCACUACAAAGAGUCAAGGUCUCACAUUCCACCCCAGGAGUACCUGAAGAUGUGGCAUAUUAAACACAGAAGUGUA